AAAGGUCCACCCUAUUUGGGUUGAAACAAUUACUAUAAAAGGCAUUGUUAAAGAAGGUAGAGCUAGCAAUGGCGUCUCUCCCAUCCGCAGCAAGUGGUAGAAAGCAAGCAAUAACGAAGACGAAGAAGAAGAAGAAGAAUGCGAUAGCAGCAGUGUGUGAUGAAGUUUCAGUGAUGAAGGAAGUCGAAGACACGCAUGCUCCCGACGGCCGCGAAUUCGACGUGCAAACUCUCCACAAUGUCGUCCAAGCCAUUCUCGAUGAAUCUGAAUGCGGGAGCACAGUUGUUUCCGAUAUUCAAUUCAGCAACAACUCUGUUGCCCUUCUCGAGUCUCUGUCUUAUAUUAUUGAUAAACUAUCUUGUGAGAUACCUCACAAGGCUCUAAAUGGAGCAGAUGGCCAUACAACCACCCUCUCGUUACUGAAGUUGGUAUCAAGCUAUAGCCGGGAUUCAAAGGUGGUGCUGAUUAUGCUAGCUUUCUCUUUGAACUAUGGAGAAUUAUGUCUGAUUGCCAAGUUUCAAUCCACAAACCCCUUUGCAAAAUCAAUAGCAAUGCUGAAGCAGGUACCUACGAUCUGGCAGCACGCUCAUGCUUCGUCGAAUCCUAUAUUCGAUGCGAUCAAGUUGGCGAUUAGAGUCAUGAGGGAUGUGACUAUGUGCGUAGUUAAGGCCGGAGGGUUAUCCUUUCGAGUGCCUGCAUUUUCUACAAUUGAAGACCUCAUUCCAAGAGCGAUCUAUUGGACCAUAAGAAGUGUCAUGGCUUGUGCUACCGCCUUGGCAUUGCUUAAUACUACGGAUCAUACAGAGGAGCUAUCUACCUUGGCUGACCAAAACCAACACAUACAUGAUCUUCUAAGGAAACAACUGACUAUUUGCUACCAAGAAAUAGAUGAGAAGAAGUAUGAAAUGCUGUUGGGUCUUUUCAGAAGCAUCCAUAUGGACAACAUAAACACCCUUAAGGCCCUCUUUAAUUGCAACACAAUUUAUGAUUGUCGUACCCAGACACAGGUUGGCCUUGAUGUGCUGAGGAAGAAGAAUGUACUAUUGCUCAUUUCGGGUCUCGACAUUUCUAAUAAUCAGGAUGAGCUUUCUAUUCUCGAACAAAUUUACAGCGAGUCACUAUUAUAUCGUCCGAAGACCAGAGACGGUGGCCAUCCAUAUGAGUUAGUUUGGGUUCCAGUUAUGGAUCCCACCGUUGAGUGGAACGAUAGUAUGCAGAAGCAGUUUGAGGAACUACGACACACAAUGCCAUGGUUCACAGUGAUUAGCCCAGCACUACUCGGCAGGGUUGUUAUUCGGUUCAUUAGAGAGGUCUGGCAUUUUAAGAACAAACCUAUACUGGUUGUUCUUGACCCUCAAGGCAGCGUGGUUUGCCCUAAUGCGCAGCAUAUGAUGUGGAUUUGGGGAAGCAAUGCCUUCCCUUUCACUACCUUGAGAGAGGAGGCUCUAUGGAGAGAAGAGAUGUGGAGACUUGAGAUUCUUAUUGAUGGCAUUGAUCCAAUUAUUUUCAACUGGAUUAGGGAAGAAAAAUACAUUUUCUUGUACGGAGGGGACGAUAUAGAGUGGGUGAGAAAAUUCACAAAAAUGGCACGAACAGUUUCGGAGGCAGCUGGGAUAGCUAUCGAGAUGGUGUAUCUCGGAAAGAGCUACAAGAGAAAUAAAGUGCGCGGGGUGAUAUCAACAAUAAUGGAGGAGAAGCUCUGUCACUACUGGGAAAUGAUAAUGAUAUGGUUCUUUUGGACUCGACUUCACAGUAUGCUCCUUUCCAAGAUUCAGUUGGGCAAGAUUGACGAAUACGAUCCCUUGAUGCGAGAAAUCAAGAAACUGCUUAGCUAUGACAAAGCCGGUGGAUGGGCUUUACUUUGCAAAGGCUUCAAUAUUUUUGUGAAUGGCCAUAGCAGCACUGUUAUGCGUACUCUGACGGAGUUCCAGAAAUGGAGAGAGCAGGUGCUGGAAAAGGGAUUUGAUUGGGCGUUUAAAGAGUAUCACGAUAAUCUUCUUCAAGAUGCCGAUGAACCUUGCUGCCGAUUCGAGUUCCCUAGCACCAUUGGUGAAAUUCCUGAGAACCUCAAAUGCCCCGAAUGUGACAAUACAAUGGAGAAACAUAUUGCUUUUCGUUGCUGCCAUGAUUGAGUUUUAACUUACAAGUCGCAAGUUUGAGGGUCCUUAUUAUAUAGGGGUACUAAACAAUUGUCUUUAAUUUUGUUUUGAUACUCAACUUUUCAUUCCUAUCCCAUCUGUACCCUAAUAAUUUUAUAUCCUCAUAAAUUUAAGCAGAUGCAUGCUUA